CAAUGCCUGAAAUUGCAACCAAAUUAUUCUCAUUCUAUGCCUCUCUCCAGGCCUUCAUAGUGUUGAUCAGAACCAUGAUCAACGAGCUCAUCCCUGACAAGAUCCGAACUAAUGUUCUCUCUAAGCUUCAAACCUACUGGUUCGCUCCUCCUUUCUCUCAGCUCACUCUCCUCAUCGAAGAGGACCAUGGGAUGACGCCCAACGAAAUCUACGAUGCUACCCAGGCCUAUCUCGACACCAAGAUCCCACCUUUCAUUGAACGCCUUAAAGUUGGGAAAACCCCAAGGGACAACAAUCUCAACGUUACAAUCGCAGAGGGCCAAGUGGUUCCCGAUUCCUUCGAAAACAUCAAGCUCAAGUGGGUGCUCGGUACAAAGCGUGACGACGAUGGAUUCGACAGCACAUUCGAGCUUAGCUUCGACAAGAAAUACAAAGAAAUUGUGCUCCAGUCUUACUUGCCUCACAUAAUGGCCAGGGCCAAUGACCUUAAAGUAACAGACAAGGUACUCAAACUUUAUAGCCGUAGCCAUACACAACGUGGUGGCGACGAUUCCUACGACUACACUGGAGACUGGGGAUUCAUCACUCUGAAGCAUCCGGCCACGUUUGACACUAUGGCGAUGGAUCCGGAACUAAAGAAGGCGAUAAUUGAUGAUUUGAAUAGGUUUGUUGCGAGGAAGGAGUAUUAUAAGAGGGUCGGAAAGCCUUGGAAGCGUGGAUACUUAUUGUACGGUCCUCCAGGCACGGGGAAAUCAAGCUUGAUUGCAGCCAUGGCCAAUUAUCUCAAGUUUGACAUCUACCAUUUGGAGCUCAAUAGCAUUCGCUCCGAUAACGAACUCAAGCAGAUAUUGGUGUCAACUACUAGUAAAUCCAUGAUAGUGAUCGAGGAUAUUGAUCGUAAUGCGGAGACUCGAGAUCGUGGAGACUUUUUGGACCUAUAUGAGCCCACCAUAGCUAAGCUGACAUUAUCGGGCAUACUAAAUUUCACUGAUGGGUUAUGGUCAAGUUGCGGAGAGCAGCGAAUCAUUGUGUUUACCACAAACCACAAGGAUCGACUUGAUCCUGCUCUGCUGCGUCCUGGUCGCAUGGAUAUGCAUAUCUACAUGUCUUAUUGUACUUACGAUGGUUUUAAGACCUUAGCUUCCAAUUACCUUGGUGUUACUGACCAUCCACUCUUUGGGGAGAUCGAAACCCUCCUUAAAAAUACGGAAGUUAGUCCGGCAGAAAUUGGGGAGGAGUUAAUGAGGAGCGAUGAUGCUGAUGUUGCACUUGGAGGACUUGUUGAAUUCAUCAACUGGAAAAAGAUCGAAGGCAAUAGAAUGGAGGGUCUACGAUGAUGAACGUGAAGUCAACGCUGAAGUGAGCGGCGAAGAAUAAUGUUGUAUAUAAUAAUUUAAAAUGCAACCAGUUUAUAUUGAUUAGUGAUUACUCACGCAGGGUUUGAAUA